AUGGAUGUGGACGGUUGGCCUCCGCCAAAGCGGCGCAAAGUUGAAGAGCCUCGCACCCCUCGCAGAACAGCAUUGAACCGGGAAGACGAUUCGGACUCUUCUUUAUACAGAUGCACCUCGCCCAGACAGUUCAUAGGGAACUACCUCUCCAUCGUCCAACGCCAAUUCGAGGUUACCAAUUGUGAUCCCAAUAUUGAGUUCCGCAACGACCAGGAGGAUAUGCCUAAGUACAAGGAGCAAUGGGAUCCAGCUUCUAAUCAAGGCUUGAUUGAAGUUGUCAUUCAAAGCAUAGAUAGCGCCCUGCCGUCCGAGAUGGUCGUCAAGCGCGUUCAAGGCUCACAGACCCCGUUUACGCUCAAAAUCCGAGCCGACUCGAGUACCGAUUUACAAUUACUUGAGGAUAUCCAAUACCUUGACACUUCAAAGAAGGCAGAGAAAAGGUUUCGUGAUCAGAGAGAAUAUCUCCACUAUUCGAAAACUCCAGAGGCAGCUCUUGCAUGCGUAAUGUCCCGGUUGCUAAAAUCUCCCCUCGGGACCUUCCUUGAGAUCUCCAUUCUAUGGAAUAAGAGCAGCGCGAUUAAGGACCGGGUUGAUCCAACUCUGGUGACUAUUUUGGAUCAUUGGCUGCCGGGCGAACUGGAGCGUUCAGAUUCCCCUGAGCCCUGGAAUCCUCGAGAGUUCUAUGACAAUGUCCAUGUCCCUGAGAAGACCGAGGCGAACUCGGCGGAACUACAAAUUAUGGCGCUCGAGUCCAAUCUAUUCCCCUUUCAGAGACGCGCAGUGCGCUGGCUUUUGGCUAGGGAGGGUGUUUGUCUUGGAGACAAUGGUAGACCUGCACCGCUGAGUAUGUCUGAGGACGAUUUGCCAGAAGGAUUUCAGAUUUCCCAUACCGAACUCGGCAGAAAAUGUAUCACGAACAAGGCAGUGGGAUUGGUUACAGAGGAUGUCAAGGCUGUGAAAAACUUCUACGGAAAUCUCAAGGGGGGACUACUCGCGGAGGAGAUGGGUCUUGGGAAAACCCUCGAGAUUAUAUCCCUUAUCUGUUUGCAUCCAAUGCCCCAUACGCUGUCUACCGACCCCUCCAGCGAUCUGAAAACUUCACCCGCAACGUUGAUCAUAACACCACCAACAAUCGUCGAACAGUGGAAGCAGGAACUUGAAGGCCAUGCCCCCACUUUAAGGGUCUUCCGCUACAACGGGAUUUCGAGUUACAAAAAGAAUCAGGAAGAAGUGAUGAAACGACUUCUGGAGAGUGAUGUAGUUCUCACAACCUACAAUGUUAUUGCCAAGGAGGUUCACUAUGUCAGUGAGAAACCGGACCGUAAACUCCGAGGUCGACCACGCGCUGAUCCUCCAAAGAGCCCUUUGGUCCAACUCUCGUGGUGGCGCGUCUGUCUGGAUGAAGCACAAAUGGUGGAAAGUGGUGUGUCGUCGGCAGCCACCGUAGCGCUGCGCAUUCCACGCGAAAAUGCUUGGGCCGUUACUGGAACUCCACUGAAAAAAGACCACAAGGAUCUUUUCGGAUUAUUCCUCUUUCUGCGUUAUGAGCCCUUUUGCCAAUCGCUCAGGAUAUGGGAUCAUCUGGUCAAUUUUCAUCGCCCUUUGCUCCGUAGUGCACUGAGCAAGAUCGCCAUGAGACAUACUAAGGAUUUUGUGCGUGAAGAUUUACGUCUACCGCCGCAGAGUCGUCAUACCAUCACGAUACCCUUCACCACGAUUGAAGAACAACAUUACUCACAGCUCUUCGCUGAAUUGUGUGAAGAAUGUGGCUUGGAUGAUUCUGGUGCUCCUCUGUCAGGAGAUUGGGAUCCAAAUUCUCCAUCCGUCAUCGAAAAGAUGCGUAAUUGGCUAACUCGUCUUCGUCAGACGUGUCUUCACCCAGAAAUUGGUGUUGUCAAUAGCAGAGCAUUACGCCGUACUGAUGGAGUCCUCCGAACUGUGGAGCAGGUACUAGAUGCCAUGACCGAUCAGGCUCUGGGUCAACUGCGCACAGCUCAACGUACUUGGCUCAUGGGGUUACUACGUAGAGGUCAAAUGAAACAGAACGCAUCAGAGACCCAGGAUGCUUUGGACAUUUGGAAGCACGCCUACGAAGAGUUGUGCGCACUGGUUCGCGACUGUCGCAAGCAGUACAACGAGGAGCUGGCUCUCAGAGGCAAUGAUGACAACAUCAGCGUUGAGGGCCUAGAGGAAGAAAUUGCUGAAGAGGAAUCCCCACAAUUCAAUGCUUCUAAGGCUCGUCUGCGCUCUGCACUUGAAUUGCAGCAUAUGUGCAUCUUCUUUAUCGGCGAUGCGUACUUCCAGCUGAAAUCGCCUGAGGAGCCAGGAUCUGACAAGUACUCUGAGCUGGAGAGGCAAGAGACACAAGCGUAUGAAGAGGCGAAAUCCAUUCGUUCAGAGCUCCUGUCAGAAUUUCUGAAGAUUGCCAAGAAGUUGAUAGCUGGUAUUGCAUCCAAAAUUGUUGAUGCGCGUACACAGAUCCCUCAGAUGAUUGCGCCUGACGGAUAUCAAGGUAUCGAGAGUCGAAAGAUCUUUGAACGCCUUGAGAUUUUCUGUGACGCCAUGAAUAUUCAGGCUGCACAAUUCGGUGAACUUCAGAACUCUAUGGUUGGGCUUUUACGCCAAGCAUUGCUCGAUCAAGAUGAUGGGGUUGAGUUACAGGGAGACGAAUAUGAGAACUCGACGAUACAGCAAGAUCAAAUGUACGCAUAUAUGGAGGCACUUCGCGCUCUUUUUGCCGAUCGGAACGAGGCUCUUAGUGGAUAUUCGAACAACCUGAUCCGGAUGGAGAUGCAGCAAUUUUUAAACGCAGCAAAAUCGGAUGAUCCAAACGUGCAGAAACCGCCUGCGCCAGAAUUAAUGAUCAAACUUCUCACAGAAAGAUUAACCAAACGUGUGAACUGGGAGAAGAUUGGUAGUUUACGAGGCAUCAUUGCUGAAAUAAGAGCCUUGAUUCAGUCUCUCGAGUGGCAAGCGGGUCUUGGAUCGGCCCGAGCUUCGCAUGAACUCACUAUCAUAAAUCCUGUCCUUCAAAGUGCGAUUGACCUCAAUUCCGUGCAAGUCAAGUGCAUGAGUAGUUUGGAACAGCUUGUCAACCAUUUUCGAGAUACCAUGAAUAGCCGCCUCGAGUUCUACCGAGCACUGCAGAGGAUCUCCGACAUGGUCGCACCUUGGAUGGAAGAAACUAUUGGAAAGCCACUGAACAAAGCGCACUAUAAAGCCAGCACAGAACAAGAUGCGAAGAUGAAGAACAAGGUGGAUUCAUUAUCGACUCGACUGCGAUAUCUUGUACACUUGAAGACUGAUUCCCAAUCAUCAGCUCCAAGGAUUUGUAUCAUUUGCCAAUGUGACUUCGAGAUUGGGACGCUGACUGUUUGCGGCCAUCAGUUCUGCAAGGAAUGUAUCCUGUUAUGGUUGGAGGCGCACCACAAUUGCCCGGUUUGUAAGAGACGAUUACAACGCAACGACUUUUUCGACAUCACCUACAAACCAGCAGAAGUAGUUGUUCAAGCCGAACAAUCUGUAAUUGAUGACCCAGCUCAAGGCAGCAAUGCUGCUCAUUCGCCAAAGCAGUCCAUUUAUUCUGAUAUCAGUGCUUCUAUGCUGAACCAGAUCAAAGCUAUCGACAUUCAGGGGCCGAGCUUUGGGAGCAAGGUGGAUUUCUUGUGUCGACAUCUUCUGUGGCUUCGCCGCCACGAUCCCAGCUCCAAAGCAAUCGUCUUCAGUCAAUAUCGAGAAUUCCUGGAAGUUCUUGCUCAGGCACUCAGAGAAUACAAAAUCUCUUUCACCAGCAUCAAUGAAAAGAACGGAAUCGAGAAAUUCAAGUCAGAUCCCACUAUGGGUUGCUUUCUGCUUCCUGGGAAAGCCCACUCAACAGGCUUGAAUCUGGUAGUUGCGAAUCACGUCUUCCUCUGUGAGCCGCUCAUCAACACAGCAAUCGAGCUCCAAGCCAUCGCACGAGUCCACCGUAUCGGCCAAAAACGCCCAACAACCGUCUGGAUGUAUCUCAUCGCCGACACCGUCGAAGAGUCAAUCUACGACAUCUCCGUUAGCAAGCGCCUGGCCCAUAUGCGCUCCAAGCGAACCGCAAAUACAUCUGGAAGCAACAGUGGCACCGCCACCCCCACCACAGCGUCAGCGCAGCAACAGGAAGCGGCGAUUGAAAUGGCCAACUCGCUGGAGUUGCAGACCGCAGAUCUCAGCAGACUUUUCGUCACUGGCCGCACAGGUGGCGAAAUGGUCGAGAAUGCCGACCUAUGGCCCUGCCUCUUCAGCCGCGUCAAGAAACGCGAACGCGUCCUCGCGGGCGUCGCUGGCAUGGCCGCAAACCAAGGGAGCAGCAGCGCUGUCGAACAGGAGGCGAAUCGCUUCCUCAGAGCUGAGGCGGCUGACGCGCGAAGGAGCUGA